ACAACUUAAUGCUAGACACUGGGAGGGAGAAACUGCUUACCUCUGCCCAAAUCCAGUGCCCACACCUUGUAUGGCAGAGGUUGUUAAUACCAUUCUUUAGACAUAUAGCCACUGCCUAAUCAUGACAAAUUGUUUAAUUCUUGACAUCCUCUAGCAGAAUCGUAAAACCCUGACCCUCUUCCAGCUUUCUUAGACUUCUAGCUUCUCUUGAAACUGCCUUUUUUCUGAUUGUGAUAGUAUUAUAACUGUAAGCAGUAAAAGGAAUCAGAAAUUUAACUAUGAUCAGAAAUCCAGAUUAUAAUAAUUUUGUUUGUUGUGCUGUUUGCAAUAAAAUAAUCCCACCAGCCCCAUUUGGGGAAACCUUCAAACGGAUCCAUGAAUACAAGCCAUUUAAGACACGCUUUUACACUCACAAAGAUAUACUGGAUAUUGGGGCAAGCAUCCUGAACCAAGAAGAGCAGUUUCAAGAGGCUGCUCUCAAGGAAAGCAUUGAAAAAGCCGAAGCUGAAGUUUGGAAGCAGGCCAUUGAACUCCAACAGCAAGCAGUGGACAAAGCCCUCGAAGACGCCAAUGCCAGGCACAGAUUCGAAGUUCAGAUGCUGGAGGAGCAACACCAAAAAGACUUAAAGGCUGUAGAAAAUAAAACCAAGAUGGAGAUGUUUCAAAACAUGGAUGAGGAACUAAAGAGAGAGCACUCUGCUGCAGAACAACGGAUGGUCCAUAGAAUCCAGAGGAUUAUGAUGGAGUGCCACAAGGAGAAGGUGGAGGCUGUGAAGAAAGCCAGGGAAGAAGAAAGACAGAUUGCCCAGAAAGCUGUCCAGGAACAGAAAAGCAAGGUCUUGGAGGAACUUGUGAGUUCUGGUGUAACAGCUAUUAAAGACCAGAAGACUAGCUUGGGCCAGCUGAUAAAAGCAAAGGAACAUGAAAUGAAUGCCUUCUAUGGCCUGGCUCAGAGACAGAAGCAAGAAGAAGUGCAGGAAGUGCUUCAAGAAGCAGAAAAGACACAUCAGGCCACUCUCGACACUGUGAUGAAUAAGCUGGUUAAUACCCAGGGGGAGCUGAUGUCUGUAGCAAAGCAACUGGGAAUCAUGACAAACUGGAAAGAUUUUCUGGAGGAGGAACUACAGGAAACCAGGGAAGCAUUUCAGAAGUAUAUCAACUACACCUUCCCCAGGCUUUCCCCGGGGCAUGCCGACUUUAUUCUGCCAGAAAGAAAGAAAACACCUUCCAAUCUUACUAAGGACAAUGAAACGGAUGCUGAAUAGGCUUCAGCUAAAAUGUCGACCCAAAAGACAGUGGUCCAAAGCUGAAUAAAUAUACUUAAUACCA